AUGCCCAAUAUUCCCAGCUUGGUCUUGGUGCAAGUGCCUUUGGUUCAUGAACUCACUGAGAGGGGAUUUCGUAUAACUGGUAUCAGAGAAAAUAGAUGCCCUCUAUUGGGUAACAAAGAAGCAAAGACAAAAGGAAGAGGCUUUUCUGACUAUCGCAUAUCUGAUGAUAUUAUAAUUUGCAAGUGGCAUGAUAAUAGUAUAGUGUCAGUAUGCUCUAAUGCUGUUGGUGUUGAUCCUGUUCACAAAACUGUACGCUAUUCUCAGCAACUAAAAAAGAAAAUAUCUCUUUCUCAACCUCAUCUCAUUCAACAAUGCAAUAAAAAUAUGGGUGGAGUAGAUUUAUCAGAUUGGAAUUAUAUAUCGUCAAUGCCAACUAGCAUUCGAGGAAAAAAGUGGUAUAUGCCUUUGAUUCUCCAUUGUAUAGACAUGUCUGUACAUAAUGCAUGGCUGCUGUACAGACAUAACGGAGGAAAUAUCGACUAA